CAGACAGAGACAGAACAGACAAAAUACAAAAUCAGGCUCAAAGACUGAUCUGUGAAGCAGCUCUGUCCUCUACAAAGCUCUGCUCUGAAUAUCUGAGUCUGAUGUUUGUUGAUCUCUUUUCUUUGAAUGCUUCCACGGAUUGAUGAUGUGUGUCAGAGUUCAGCAGCUCAACUUUACUGAAAUGUUAUGAAGCUCAAAGAGAAAGUAAAACGAGGCAGAGGCUGAUCGUCUAUCAGAGCUAACUGUCUGUGAUGUUGCACUCAGUACAAGUGGAGACAACAAGCUGAGUAAAAGUGCAACAGGUAAACACUGAAGAUAGCACAGGUGAUGAUCAGAACAAAGAGCAGACAGGGAGACUUCUACCUGGACAUGGAUCACCUGCUGAUGCUGCUGCUGCUGCUGUGGAGCACAGGAGUCCAGGUUGAUGGAAAACACAGUUCUACAGAGCCUGUUGAUGUCAGGCUGGUGGGAGGAGCCGGUCACUGUGCAGGAACACUGGAGGCAAAACAUCUGGGAGAGUGGAGACCAUUGUGUGCCUCUCAUGAUUCCUGGACCCUGAAAGAAGCAGCUGUUUUCUGUGAAUAUCUGGACUGUGGCUCUGCUGUUUAUGUAGAAGAAAGACAUUCCUCAUAUACAUCUGCUUGGUUGAUCAGUUCUGAUUGUGUCCUGUCCAGAUCUCCUCUGAGGGAAUGUACAACGUCAGAUUACACUGACCAAAUCCUGAAACUCACCUGUGCAGACUCUGUCAGGCUGCUGAAUGGUUCCAGUCUGUGUUCAGGCAGACUGGAGGUGAAGUCUAACCAGAGAUGGUCCUCAGUGUGUGAAGCUGACUUUGACCAGCAGGAUGCAGAGGUGGUCUGUAGGGAGCUCGGCUGUGGACCUCCUUCGGUCCUCCAGGGGGCGCUCUAUGGAGAAGUGGAGGCUCCAGUGUGGAGCAAAGAGUUCCAGUGUGGAGGCCAUGAGUCUGCUCUCCUGGACUGUAGAAGCUCAGGCUCAGCUCGAAACAGCUGCUCACCUGGCAAAGCUGUUGGACUCACCUGCUCAGAGAGUGAUUUCAGGUUGGUAGGAGGAGCCAGUCGCUGCGCAGGUAUACUGGAGGUGCAAAAUCGGAAAGAAUGGAGACCUGUGGAUAGCUCUGACUGGAGCUUGAAAGAAGCAGCUGUUGUGUGCAUACAUCUGGACUGUGGCCCAGCUGUUUCUGUCAAAAAGAGGCACAAUUUCUCAUGGAGAUCUAGAUGGAAGAUUAAUUCUGACUGUGUUCAGCCAGGAGCUCCUCUGAGGGAUUGUACAACAUCGGCUGACACUGAUCAAAUCCUGAAUAUCACCUGCUCAGACUCUCCAGACUCUGUCAGGCUGCUGAAUGGUUCCAGUCUGUGUUCAGGCAGACUGGAGGUGAAGUCUAACCAGAGCUGGUCCUCAGUGUGUGAAGCUGACUUUGACCAGCAGGAUGCAGAGGUGGUCUGUAGGGAGCUCGGCUGUGGGCCUCCUUUGGUCCUCCAGGGGGCGCUCUAUGGAGAAGUGGAGGCUCCAGUGUGGAGCAAAGAGUUCCAGUGUGGAGGCCAUGAGUCUGCUCUCCUGGACUGUAGAAGCUCAGGCUCAGCUCGAAACAGCUGCUCACCUGGCAAAGCUGUUGGACUCACCUGCUCAGACUUUGAUUUCAGGUUGGUGGGAGGAGCCAGUCGCUGUGCAGGAACACUUGAGGCAAAAUAUCUGGGAAAGUGGAGACCAGUGUAUGGCUUUUUCUCGACCCUGAAAGAAGCAGCUGAAGUUUGCCAAUAUCUGGACUGUGGCUCAGCUGUUUCUAUACAAAAGGCAUACUCCUCAUACAAAUUUGUGUGGUCAAUUUCUUCUGACUGUGUUCAGUCAGGAUUUCCUCUGAGGGAUUGUACAACAUUGGCUAACACUGAUCAAAUCCUGACUCUCACCUGCUCAGACUCUGUCAGGCUGCUGAAUGGUUCCAGUCUGUGUUCAGGCAGACUGGAGGUGAAAUCUAACCAGAGCUGGUCCUCAGUGUGUGAAGCUGACUUUGACCAGCAGGAUGCAGAGGUGGUCUGUAGGGAGCUCGGCUGUGGGCCUCCUUCGGUCCUCCAGGGGGCGCUCUAUGGAGAAGUGGAGGCUCCAGUGUGGAGCAAAGAGUUCCAGUGUGGAGGCCAUGAGUCUUCUCUCCUGGACUGUAGAAGUUCAGGCUCAGCUAGAAACAGCUGCUCACCUGGCAAAGCUGUUGGACUCACCUGCUCAGGUAGAAGAGGAGCUGCAGCUUUGAUGUAG